AUGGAUACAAGGCUCCUGAGGUCGCUUUCUCCUGUAAGAGAAUUUUUAAGGGCCACAUCCGUACAUAUUGAUAUCUUUCCUGCAGCUACUGUUGGUGGUUGCAACAUCCAAGGAACAAGCAGCCACAAACUACUGCAAGUCCAACCGCACACAAGGACUAUGGUGGACUCCAUGUAUGGAUAUGUCUUGAAGGAUGGUGGCCCAGUUGGAGUGAUGGUGAUGUGGGACUGCCCUAAGAUAUUUCUUUGGGAUGAACCGAAGACAUGUAUGAUAAAGAUCAUUCAUGGACAGGGCAACAAGCUUUUGGAGGAUGCACCAAGUGCUAGCACUAGUGCUUUAUUAUUGCCUGGUUUUAUAUGCAAGCAGAGUACAUCUGUGCAUGCCUAUGAUAACUUGUCCAUCACCAAUAUCCCUCCACCUCUCGACGGAUCAGGAUGGCAGAGUCUAAGAUGGUGCCGAGUCGAGAGGUGCCCCAAGCUACACACGGUCUUCAAUAUUGGGCAGGGCAAUGGUGCGUCCAGCUUUAGGCGUCUGGAGACAUUAUGGUUGUCCCAGCUUCUGACGGCAGAGACAUUUACUACGUCAAUUCUGACCUUUUGUAGCCUGGAGUUCUUGCACCUGGACUGCUGUCCCAGGCUCUUACACGUGUUCACCUUGGCCAGCAGAAAUUCAGGGAGGUUCUUCUGUAGUUAUUUGCAGACCCUCGAGAUAGUGUACUGUGAUGAUCUAAGGGAGGUCUUCCCUUUGGCCCCUGGGCGCCAAAAACAGGAUACAAUUAUAGAAUUUCCCUAUCUGAGGAGCAUCCACCUGCAUGAGGUCCCCAAGCUGCAGCACAUAUAUGGGUGCAGGAUGUGGGCGCCUAUACUCGAGACCGUCAAGAUCCGAGGCUGUUGGAGCCUUAGGCGUCUGCCGUCCGUCGGCCGCGACACCAAGCCACCCAAGGUGGACUGCGAGAAGGCCUGGUGGGAUAACCUUGAGUGGGACGGGUUGAAUAAGUACCAUCACCCUUCCCUCUACGAGCCAAGCCACUCGCUGUACUACAAGGCCGAGCUGCCCAGAGGCACCAUACUCAGGUAA